CUCCAGCUAGUGGGGGUUGGGGGGAGAAGAGCAGAGACGGUUUGAUUCCCGCACUCCCACGGCAAGAAAUCCACGCGCCGGCCGCCGCCGCCGCCAUCCCCAAGGUUUUCCAUGCCCGGUUCCGAGUCCGGCGAUUCCAUUUCAAUGUCCUUCUUCCUCCCGAAACCUUUCCCCACCUCAGCCCAACGACCCCUCGAUCAGUCGAAUAGCCUGGCGGCGUAGCCCUGCCGUGCGCGAUGGGCUCCUCGCCGGCGGCCGCCGCCGCUGCGUCGGCGGCAGUGGUGGCUCUGGCCGUCGCCAACCGCGUGCUGUACAAGCUCGCACUCGUGCCGCUCAAGGCGUACCCUUUCUUCCUCGCCCAGCUCACCACCUUCGGGUACGUCGCCGUGUACUUCUCGAUACUCUACGCCAGGUACCGCGCGGGGGUGGUGACCCGGGACAUGCUUGCGCUCCCCAAAAGCCGCUUCGUUGCCAUCGGGUUGCUGGAGGCGCUCGGAGUCGCUUCGGGCAUGUCCGCUGGAGCCAUGCUGCCUGGACCUGCUAUCCCUAUACUGUCCCAGUCAUUCCUGGUGUGGCAGCUUAUCUUCUCUGCCCUGCUCUUGGGAAGGACGUACUCUGCGAGACAAAUAAUUGGGUGCCUCCUAGUAACUUCUGGUGUGAUUCUUGCUGUUGCAAGUGGAGCAAAUGAGGGGCAAUUUCUAUCUGAAGUCCAGUUAAUUUGGCCAGCACUGAUGAUAACCUCGUCAGCAUUUCAAGCUGGUGCGUCUAUUCUUAAGGAGGCUGUUUUCAUAGAUGGUGCUGAACGUCUUAAGGGGAUGCGCCCAGACAUCUUUGUGGUUAAUUCAUUUGGAUCUGGAUUUCAGGCCCUUUUUGUCUUUCUUCUUCUUCCAUUUCUUUCUAACUUGAGGGGAAUCAAGUUUGCUGAGCUUCCUGGUUACGUAAAUGGUGGUGCUGAGUGCUUCUUAAAUGUUGGGGAAAGUCCCAUUGAUUGCGGAGGAGCACCAUUCCUGCCUUUGCUGUUUAUAGUGGUGAAUAUGGCGUUCAAUAUCUCACUCCUCAAUUUGGUGAAGAUGUCAUCUGCCCUUGUUGCUUCCCUUACAUCAACUUCAGCAGUGCCAAUAUCAAUCUACAUCCUUUCGCUUCCUUUGCCCUACAUCCCUCAUGGCGCAGAGCUAAGCACGUCUUUCGUCAUUGGUGCUGUGGUAAUGCUGAUGGGUCUGAUUCUGUAUAACCUCCCACACUCGUUGUCGAAACAAUCAAAGGCUGAUUGAAAGCUAGGGUGAAAAGCUGCCAAAUGACUGGUUCAGAAAGUUUACUGAUUGAAAUUGUAGCGAAAUGGACUUCCACUGAACUAUACGGACCAUGUAACACAUUCAGAUUUGUAAAUAUAUGUCAUACUAGUAAAUGUGCCCGUGCGUUGCUAUGGUUGAAAGGCAUGUAAGGAUCGCAGCUGUUUUUUUUUCGUGAUGGGGUUUCUUCAAUACAAUUAUUGUUGUGUUUUCAGUUUUCA